AUGCUGACUGCUACUGAGGAGCAACGGAAGCUAAUUGAGCAACUAUUAGGCAAGGAGUCUCAUAAGCAUUUUAAGCGGGAUUUAGGUCUUCAUGAUCCAAAACUUUGUAAGAGCUAUAUAGUAGGUGAAUGUCCUUUUGAGUUGUUUCAGGGAACAAAACAAAACUUUGGAAAGUGCCCCCAAGUUCAUGUUGCGAAGUACAAGCUGCAAUACCAGCAGGGUCUAAAGAAAGGCAUUUACUAUGCUGAUAUCGAACGAGAGUACUAUGCUGUUUUGAAUAAAUUUAUUCGAGAUUGCAACGGGCAGAUCGAGGUUGCUCUGAAAAAGCUUGAGCACACUCCAGAAGAGAGGGCGAAGAUUAUGAAUGCGACGAGUGAAUUGGAUAUUGUGGACUCUAAAAUUGGACUAAUGAUAAAAGAGAUUGAGGUGCUGAUACGAUCGGGCGAGGUUGUUAAGGCUAUGGUACAAUCAUUAAAACUUCAGACUUUACAAAAAGAAAGACAGGAACUUGCGAAGAAAGUAAGGGAUAUUACUGAGAAUGUUGGACAGAGUGCGCAACAGAAGUUACAGGUCUGUAAAGUCUGUGGUGCGUAUUUGUCGCGACUAGACACUGACAGGAGAUUGGCAGACCAUUUUCUGGGUAAAAUCCAUCUUGGGUACGUCAAAAUGCGACAGGCAAUUGAGGAUCUCAAGAGACGUUUCCAGGAGCGAGGUGAAGAUGUCACCCAGCUAGACUAUAGCUUCGCCGUUCCAACACCAUUGUUAGAAAACGCUCAGAUUCCUGGAAGUGGAUCACAUCACGCUAGACGCCCUACGGGCAAUGCAUACAAUAGAUUAGGUGGAGGUGGAUACAGAUACAAUGAUAGGUAUAGGUCAUCAGGCUAUAGGUAUUAA